CAGAGUUAAUGUCAGAUGUGUCCCGGCAGUCAAGGAUCUCAUCCAUGGAGAGGAGCCUCACAGUCCUGCAGGUGAGCCUGUACCAUCCCACACUGGGCUCUGCCGCCUUUGCCAAUGUCCCACGACAACUGCAGCAUGACAUCAGCCGGCUGCUGGUUGGGCGGGGACAGGAUGCCCACCUUCGGCUGCAGCUGCCCCAGCUCUCCCGCCACCAUCUAUCCCUGGAGCCCUACCUGGAGAAAGGUCACACUCUGCUAGCCUUCUGCCUCAAGGUCCUGAGUCGCAAGAGCUGUGUGUGGGUCAAUGGGCUGCCACUGAGAUACCUGGAGCAGGCCCCCCUGAGCACCACCAACAGGAUCUCCUUCUCUGGCAUCCAGAUGGCAGUCCACAUAGAGGGGGGUGCCUCCCUUGAAGCCUUUGUCUGCUCCUUCCAUUUUAGCCCCUCGCCCCUGAUUUACAGACCCAAGGCUGAGGAGACUGACGAAUGGGAAAACAUCUUUGAGGAAGAGCCUCCCCAGGCUUUGGGGGAGCUGACUCCUGGUCUCCUGGGGUCUCUCCAUGGCUCCUCCCAGACUCAGACAGCUGUCUCCAGCCAAGCCCUGGAGGAGGACCAGAAAUAA